AUGUGUGCUACUGAGGCGGCCCUUAAUGUUGGACAUGAUCAGCUGCGAAAGGACUCCAACUUCUUGAGCUGGGAAGCCUCCGAAACUCUCCGCAAUCAGCUCUAUGUGCUGGCCGCAGUUUGCUGCUUUGCCUUGGCGGGCUCCCUGGUGUUCUUCUGGACCUCCACGCCUGGAUCGGACAGGAAAGAGCUAGACGAGCCGGAGGCCGUGGAAGCGGCCAUCCCUGCCAAGGUGGUUGAGGAAGCCGGCCCGUCUUUGGCAGACUAUGAGGAUCUUGUGAAGUCGGUGAUGCAGCGCACAGCAGACCACCUCGGACCGAAAGUGGCUAAGGGCGCACAGGUGCAGAGCAUCGUGAACGACAAGGUCGGCUCGCUUGCCGAUAAGGCCAAGGCUUUCGUGAUGACAGAGCUCACCGACACAGUGGGCUCAGUGGCAACUGCCUUGCAGAUUGAGGAGUUCAUGGUGCUGGUGGACGACGAUGCAGCAGUAGCGGCCAGCUUCCCGCCCCUCUCCGUGCUCUUGGCUGGCCUUCUCGUGCCCGCGAACCUGAACUUGAACAUUGCCUGCCACCUGUUGCAGACAUUCAUCGUCCUCCUGCCGGUCUUGUGCGUAGUGGGCUACUCUGAGUAUGUCGACGCAGACCAUCCCUGUAAGUCGAUUCCGGGACUCAGGCUUUGGGCCAGAACCGUGGGCGUGAUCGCUGGCCUCGUGACGCUGGCCCGGCUCGUGCUGGCUAUCAAGUGCUUGUUGGCCAAGUCCGCCAUUCGCCGCAAGAACGAGGAGAUGAAGGAGCAGCUCGCGAAGGCCACGGGCCAUGCCAGCUCCACCGGGAUUGAAGAGUUGAAGCAGCUGUUCCUGUUCUACGCCACCACGCUGCAGCACGCAGUGGUCUGCGAGGGCAACACCCGUGUCGGCUUCUUCUCGCACAUCGUUGGCUUCGGCACUCUCCUGUGGCUCCUGACGACUUUCUUCAACACCUACCUCUACUUUGCUUACAUGUUUGUUCCGGGAGUUGUGGCAUUCCAUGAAUCUGCUGCGGACGAGCCCAGCUACUGUGCUGCCUGGGUCACGGUCUGCGCCGCAAAGAUCUCCGUCCUGUUGGCCGUCCUGUUCUUUUUCGUGAACGUGAUGACAGUCUUCUGCUGGGCAUCUGAGACGGUGUUGAGCAUGGAGAGUGUGUCCUCCAAGAUCAUUGCAAAAGCGAAGGCCUUCGACAAUGUUGGUCUUGGCCUUCCUGUGGCACAGCUGUUGGUGAAGGUGCUGCUCCUUCGCGGAUCCACUGACAUCCUCUGUGCCCGCUUGGCAGUUCACCUCCGUGAGAAGGAUGGUCUCUCUCAGGAGCUUGUCGAGACAGAGAGCCGCCUCGCACAGCUGAAGGCAGAGAUUGAGGCGAAGGAUAAGCAGGCGGAGGCCAUCAAGGCCGAAAUGAGCUCAGAUGGUGCAGGCCUUGAGGCUGCCAAGAGCCGGGGAGAAGAGGUCAUCCAGUCGGCUCGCGAAAAGUCUGCUGUCUUGGAGAAGCAGAUCGCCGAGGAUUCUCAGGACAUGUUGAACACGCUGAAGUCCAUGAUGGACAAGGCUUUCGAGGCUGCUGACUCUGCGAAAGACCAAGCAGAACGAAAGGCAAACCAGGCAGCUUCUACGGCUGGAGAUUAUGCAGCAGCAGCAGGGGAUUACAAAGCCGUCGCUGAGAAGUACGCUGGCCAGGCGAACCGAAGAUUCAAGAUUCUGUCAUGUUCUGGUCACCCGGGAGGUUUCAUUCUGUUGCUUCCGGUGUCGGAACAGAACGAGCUGGCAGUGACUCCAUAG